AUGAAGUUCAUCUAUGUACUAUCUUCUGCUUCUAUAGCUACUGCCUAUUGUGGCGUCAAGCUCCAGAAUCUCGUCACGUUCGGCGAUAGCAUCACAGACGAAGGCCGCCUCAACUACAUCGUUACCAAUGGCAAGCUGCCACCUCCUGGGACCCUCCUUCCCGAGAGCCGCGAGACAGCCAGUGGUGGCUACUCGUGGCCACGCUUCGUCCAACAAAAGACAGGCGCUAAGACUGAUCUCGACUUCGACCUCUACAAUGGUGGCCGCCACGCUGAUAAUACUGUCUAUACCCUAUGGGUUGGAACGAACGACAUUGGUGAGGGCGGGUUUAUGAAGGACAAAAAUGUUCCAGGAACAACCUUGUCCGACUAUGUGGACUGCAAUUGGGAAGUGUUUGAUGCCGUCUACAAAACCGGCGGUCGACACUUUGUGCUCUCAAAGGUCUUCCCACUCGACCAGUCGCCCCUUUAUAACCCGCAGGAGCGAGGCGGUCUAGAAGCGCCCUCGUUCUGGCCCGAUAAGGCUACGACCAACGCGACUCAGUACUACCACAAACUGAUAGAGUACUCGACCAGCAUCAAUACCAUGUUCGCCUACGGUGUCCCAUUUCAACUCCUCGUCGAAAAGCGCUGGCCCGGCGCAACAGUCUACAUAUUCGAUGUCCACAAGUUAAUGACAGACGUCCUCGACAACCCUCAGGAGUACCUGGAGGCUCCUGCGAACACUACCGGCGUUUACCACUUUUGCACCAACCCGGACCCUCGCAUCACCGAAGAUUGUAUUGAUAGCGAAGAGUCCCCGACAGUUUCAUGUGGUUUGAUGACCUGCAUCCAUCAGAGAGAAUGGGUAAGAGAUCGCGAUACCCGCCGCGGGGUCACAACCGUUUGGCCCCUGAACCCGCAAGCAGGCCAUUCUCAAUGCUGGGGAAACACCUUGGAUAUCGCCAUUGCCAUGCUAGAAACCGAGAGACUCAGCACCGAUUACGCGUACGGAGAUAACAAGUCCAACGAUGCAGCCAACUUUGGUCUCUUCAAGCAGAAUUGGGGUAUGCUCCGCGUGUGCGGAUCCCGCGGUGGCUUCAAGGGCCAGAGUGAAAGCCAGUGGAAUAAUGGCAAUCGACUCAACUGGGACAUCUACGCGGACGUCGCAGCCAGAUGGGAUUGCCAGAAUUACUAUGGGUACGAAAAGUGGUUUGCUGGUCACCGUAAUGGCGCAACCGGGUUGAAUAAUCCAAAUACGGACGAUAUCAGAUUUUACAGAACCUCUGUUGAAUGGAUCCAACAGCAAAUUGAUUCUCAGCAAAAGUACAGGUCUGAUGAUACCCGUUUCUGGGUUGAUGUUACGCCGAUCUAA